GGUUCGUUCCAACGUUUCUUUCAACAAAGCACAAGUGUGAUACCCUCAUGGAUAUGGAUAGCAUUGAGGGGUUGAAUGAAGUGCGUCCUGCUGUGUACCGCACUGCAAUGAAGCUCCGUUCCUUACAGAAACUCUGCCAUAUGCAUGUUGUGACACUGCGGGAGCUCAUCCCAGCCCUGUGCUCUCUGGGCGGAGCCCGGGACACUGGGGCGGGGCUUAGUGAACAGGAAGUGAGACAGUGCAUAAACAGGAUGUUCCAAAGCGUGUCACAGGAAGUACCUGGGCAGGUGUCGGCAGAGGCGCCAGAACAGACUUGCAGACUGCUGUACAGACUGUUUGACCGGGGACAGACUGGCGCUGUCUGUCGCAGGUCAGUUGAAGCCGCUCUCAUCUCUCUCUCAGCAGACACACUCUCAGCCAAACAUAAGGCUCUGGUUCAUCUGGCAGAGAGGUGCAGUGGGAGAGAGAGCGGCACGGUGAGCAGGAGUGGUCUCAGAGUCGUACUGCAAGACCUCAGCCAGGUGCCGGCUGUAGUGCAGGAGAACCAUGUGUUUGGCUCAGCUGAGACAGCCGUUCGUUCCUGCUUCAGUGGGGUGCUGAGUGCGUGUGUUUGUGAGGAGCAUGUCCUCUCAUGGCUGCAGUGUGAGCCCUGUCUGUUGCUGUGGCUCCCCACCCUGUACCGCCUGUCAGUCAGCGAGAACGUCACACACUCCGUACGCUGCCACACCUGCAAGGCCUACCCCAUCACUGGACUUAGGUAUCGCUGUAUGAAGUGUGUGAACCUUCAUCUGUGCCAAACCUGCUUCCUGACAGAGAGACACACAAAAAAACACAAGAGCUCCCACCCAGUGCUGGAGCACUGCACUCAGCCAUCCUGGAAAGAAUCCCUAGCCUCAUUAGCAUACAGCGCCCGCCACGCCUUGUUACCACGGCGAUACACACACAGGGAGGCAGAGAGGAGAAGGUGCCUAAUCAGGGCGGAGUCACAAGGGGAGCCGCAGACCAGCUUCACCACCCCUGACCCUUCACCUCAGUCAGCCGCUGAGGACACACCCCCUGACGACAGAGCCCCUCCCACUAAUCCUCCCCAACUGCUGGCCACACCCUCAGCUGUUCGGCCCAGGAAGGCAUCUAAAGCCCUGCAAACUGAGGAAGAGCAGGAGGAAGCACAGCCACAGAGGAGAGACUCUGUCCUCAUUAAGGACAUCAAGGACCUGCAGAGGGACAAACGGCUGCUGGAGAGGGAGCUGCAGGUGUGGAGGGUAACGGUUCAGUCGGAGCAGGGCUCGCUGGAGUACCGCUGCUCUGAGAUGGAGGCCAACAUGGAGACUCUGAGACAACACAACCUCAGACUGCAGGACAUGAUGUCACAGGCUCUUAGCAUGUCAGGGACACAUGCUGACAUCAUGCCUCAUGCUAAUGUCAUCCCACAUGCUAAAUACAGGCCAGAGAGAGACAUAGCCUGUCCUGUAGAGUCCCAGAGCUCUGCAUCUUCUUCUGGAUCCAGAGAAAGAGAAGAGGAGGAGGAGAGGGAAGAGGAGGAUGAAUGUUGCACAGCAAAGAUGCAGAGGAAUGAGAUGAAGACAGAAGAACAGAGAGGUGAUGAUGAUGAAGAGGAGGAGCAGACUGAGACUGACUCAGUCACAGAGACUCAUACUCCCACAAUUACCUCUAACCCACAGCCCUGUGAUGGGCAGGUCACUGGGCCAAUGAAAGACCAGAGUGUCUCUGAAGAGGAGUAUUCUGGGAUGUGUAGUUUAGCGGAGGAGGAGCGACUGUGUGAGCUGGUGCAACGACUAAUAAGUGAGCUGUCGCUACACACUUACACACAUACAGACUGCAGACAGGAGUUGGAGUUGUUGGAGGCUGCAAAGGAAGUGGGGGACUCUGUGUGUCAUCUCGUCUAUGCAGUGAACACACACUCCGUCCCAAACACACACACUUCAUGCCCCAUCCUCCUACACAACCACAGGCCAGAGUAUGUAUCCAAAAGGCUUCUCUAGACUUUGACGCCUGAUGAUGUGAGUUAUUGUGUACUUUCCUGAUAUUUGUAUGUAGCACAGUUGUACUGAAAUUAUUCUGCUCUUU